UACGUUUGCUUAGAGUCGUCCUUUCAGCUAGUUUUCUCUCUGUUUUCCCUUUACAAGAAGAUCAAAAUCGAGUUUGUGUUGAUCCACCAAAUUAUUACAAAUUAUUAAGAUUUUUCAGCCCUCCAAAUUUCUUGCUAUGAUUCCUUUACUUGGAUGUUAAUUGAAACCGAGCUUGGAAAUCAAGAUGGAGAGAAAAAGCAGCACCGAAUGCUCAAAGACAACAACCACCCCAUCUACACAAAACCAGGCUCCACCGGAGGCAGAGAGCGAAACCGAAGAGAACGACGGUGAAAGUAGACCUAGAAAUGUAGGAAACUCGAGCAACAGCACGGUGGAAGAGAACGAUAAGAAGCCAUCCGUUAGGCCUUAUGUCAGAUCCAAGACGUCGAGGCUCCGAUGGACACCGGACCUCCACCUUCGCUUCAUUCACGCCGUCGAAAGACUCGGUGGACAAGAAAGAGCUACCCCGAAGUUGGUUCUUCAGCUGAUGAACAUUAAAGGACUUAGCAUCGCUCAUGUCAAGAGCCACCUACAGAUGUAUAGAAGCAAGAAGAUUGAUGAUCCAGGACAAGUCAUGAAUGAUCAUAGGCAUCUUGUGGAAAGUGGAGAUCGAAAUAUUUAUAACUUCAACCAACUUCCCAUGCUGCAAGGCUAUAAGAAUCACCAAAGCUAUAGUUCUAACACUUUAAGAUACGGCGAUGCUUCUUGGAAUGGCCGCCAGUUCUCGAUGCGUAAUCCUUAUACAAGCCGGAGUUUCAUCGAUGAACAAAGACCGGGAUUGCAUGGAACCGUGACAGAGAGGAUCUUUGGCAGUAAUUGGACGACCAAUCAUGCUUCCCCUUUCAAUGUAUUGAAGAAUGAAUUGUCAUCGUUCCUUACUCCGCCAAGUAGUCAAGCUAAAGAUGAGACAAGUUUUAGCCGAAACAGUGCACAAGAGCGUAGGGCGAAAAGACCGAUAUCGGACAGCAACCUCGACUUGGAUCUAUCUUUACGGCUGAACGAAGAGCGGCGGCGAUACGUGGAGGAAGAAGAUGUCGGGGGUGAGUUGUCACUAUCGUUGUGCUCGCCGUCACCGUCACUGCCAAAAGUUAGCAGAUUGAAAGGAGAAAACCAUAGUAGGGAGAGUGGAAGAAGGGUAAGUACUCUAGAUCUGACUAUAUGAAUGGGGACAAUUCUAAGUGAGAUGUUGAGGUACUUAUCCGAGGUAGAGGAAAGGGUUUUUCUUAUUGUCCAAUUGUAACAAUAUUACACUAAUCCAUGAUAAUAACCUUUUUGUUU